UUAUCAACAUACGUCAGACAUAGAGUUCAGAGUCGUAUCAAAGUUCAUUUCUUAUUUUUACUUUGCAUUUAUCAGAGUUUAUUUACGGUAAUAGCGUAUUGUUAAAUCAUUCAAACUUUUAUAAAAUGGCUUCAGUUGCAUCGCUGACCCGUGUAUUACUAGGAAAAAGUGUCUUAAAUACCGGAAGGGUUGCUACCGCAAAUACCGGUUUGAUCAAAUUUUACAGCACCGCACCACAAUAUGAGAACAUCAAGACAGAUGUCGUAGGCAGCAAGAAGAAUGUAGGCAUCAUCCAGUUGAAUCGACCUAAAGCCCUGAACGCACUAUGCGAUGCUCUCUUCAAGGAGCUUGGAAAAGCUGUAGAGGAUUUUGAUGCUGAUGAGAAGAUUGGUGCCAUUAUUAUUACAGGUAAUGAAAAAGCCUUCGCCGCGGGUGCUGAUAUCAAGGAGAUGCAAGACAACACCUUCAGCAGCAAUACAAGGCAGGGCUUCCUUAAGGAUUGGGAAUCCGUGUCCAACUGUGGGAAGCCAAUUAUUGCAGCUGUCAACGGUUUUGCUCUCGGUGGGGGCUGCGAGCUGGCCAUGCUGUGUGAUAUCAUCUACGCGGGUGAGAAGGCCAAAUUCGGUCAGCCCGAGAUCAACAUCGGAACCAUUCCCGGCGCUGGCGGCACCCAGCGCCUGCCGCGGUACGUCGGCAAGUCCAAGGCGAUGGAGAUCGUGCUCACCGGCAACUUCAUUGAUGCCAACGAGGCUGAGAGGAUGGGUUUAGUCAGCCGCGUGUUCCCUGUAGAAAAGCUUCUAGAGGAGACCAUCAAGUUGGCAGAGAGGAUUGGAACACAUUCACCCCUUGUUGUGAAAAUGGCCAAGCAAGCCGUCAAUCAGGCGUACGAAACUACCCUAAAGUCUGGUCUUCAAUAUGAAAAGUCUAUGUUCUAUGGAACUUUUGCUACCGAGGAUCGCAAAGAGGGAAUGACUGCAUUUGUUGAGAAGAGAGCGCCAAACUUCAAGAAUAAUUAAACUAUAAAAUCUGAUGUCCA